UUGUAAGUUUAGUUUGCUGACCCAGGAAACAAAAUUUUAACUGCGCAGAGCAUAACUCGUCCGUCGUUUAAUGACGUAACUGAGGCGGGAUUAUUUCCUAAAGAGUGCGAAACUGCGAAUUCACAAAAUUAUAUAUUGGUGUUUGAAAUUGACUACAACUGAAAAUGUAUGGGAAACCUUUUGGAACAGCAACUACUUUUGGAAAUACUUUUGGCUCAACUCAGUUUGGACAGAAUACAUCAGCCAGUGCUUUUGGAGCCAAACCAGCUGUCAACAAUGUGUUUGGAACUUCAGCAUUCAGUACUUCUACACCAAGUAGUGGAGGACUGUUUGGUGGAUCAUCAUCCAACACAGGAACAGGAUUGUUCAGUGGCUCUACAACAGGAUUUGGCCAGCCAUCAUCAACUGGUUCAACAGGAUUUGCAUUUGGAAAUCCCUCAACCAGUGGAAAUCUUUUUGGAGGGAACACACAAACAGCCAGUGGAGGUCUCUUUGGAAGCAGUAGCACCUCAGCAUUUGGGACACCACGUCCAACCUUUGGUGGGUUUUCCUCCAACACUGGCACAGGACUCUUUGGUCAACAGCAACAGCAGCAGACCACAGGGUUAUUUAGUCAGACAGCCACUCCAAGUACUGGUCUAUUUGGCUCAACAGGUUUUUCUACUACUGUUGGCACUACAGUAAAGUUCAACCCACCGAUUGGUUCAGAUACCAUGAUGAAGAAUGGUCUGUCAACAAAUAUUAACACAAGACAUCAAUGCAUCACUUGUAUGAAAGACUAUGAGAACAAAAGUCUUGAGGAGUUAAGACUGGAAGACUAUGUGGCCAACAGGAAAGGUGGUCAAGUAACAAUGGGAGGAUUUGGUUCAACAGGACAGACUGGGUUGUUUACCACUCCAGCUUCAACUACAGGAUUUAGCUUUGGAACACAGAAUAAACCUCUUUUUGGUGGUUCAUCAACAAGUACUUUUGGAACUACUGGAACCACUGGUUUAUUUGGCCAGAGCACUCAGCAACAGCAAAGUACAGGUCUUUUUGGUAAACCUGUAGGAUUUGGUGCCCCAACAACAUCUACCACUUCUAGCUUUGGGGGAUUUGGUACCUCUGGUGGUACUUCGUUAUUUGGCCAGGCCAACCAGCAGAAGACUUUGUUUGGCCAACCUUCUGGAACAGGACUCUUUGGUUCCACAGCUACAUCACAGCCUUCUGUAGGGUUUGGGACAGGAAGCACAUUUGGUUCUGGUUUUGGUGCUAACACUCAAUCUACUGGGCUAUUUGGAGCCAAACCAGCUGGUUUUGGGACAACAGCUGGUACAACAACCAGUACUUUUACUUUUGGAGGAGCAGGAACUGGCUCAGGACUUUUUGGACAGAAGCCUGCUGAAUCCUCCUUUGGAAUGGGCUCAACAGGAUUUAGUUUUGGAAAUGCUCAAAACCAAGGAACAAGUAUGUUUGGACAGAAUAAACCAGCAACAGGAUUUGGAAUGGGAUUGGGAACAGGUUUUACUGGGACCAGCUUUGGGUCCGGUCUUGGUACUGGUACGUCAACUUCACUAUUUGGAAAUCCAGCUGCCAACAAGCCUUCAUUUUCAUUUGGUGGUGCUGGUGGUGGGGGUACCAGUACUGGGUUUUUAUUUGGCCAGCCUGCAACUAGUUCAACCUUUAAUUUUGGAGGACUUGGAACCACACCAUCUCUUGGCAGCAAUCCUAAUGCAUUAGCAGUAGCUCAGCAACAAGCUCAGACUCAACAGCAGGUCUUAGCUAUGGCUGUCAAUUCAAAUCCAUUUGGUGAUUCUCCCUUAUUUCGGAACAUUAUCAAGGAUUCUAACAAGAGAGAAGAGGUUUUAAAGCCAACCAAUCCAUCAGCCCAGAAUGCCAUAUUGUGUUCAAGUCAGCACAAAGUUUCUCCACUGCCUGUAGCUAAGAUCAAACCUAAGCCUAUACAACCUGUUGGUAACAAAAUUUCUCUGUUUGAUGGAUUAGAAGAUGAAGAUUCUGGUUUUGCUAAUGAGACGUUUAUUCCCCGUCGAAGCUUGAAAAAGCUGGUAAUCAAACCUAAAACUUCCCCUGAGAAUUCUGGUAAUUCUGUAUCAGUCAUGAAAUCUGUGCAGCAGAGUCCAUUUGGUACAAAUGAUUCUUCUUUCUUGAAAACACCUCAACAAAAUCACAACACUCAAGCUUUAACAACACCUUUGACUGUUGACAUUAGUGAUAGAGGAAAUACCAGUGUUGACCAACCAGCUUAUAAUGAAGAAAAAAACAAUAGCCCAAUCACAUCCUCCAACCAAUAUUACCCAUCUUCUGUCUCUAUGUCUGUGUCAGGGUAUUCAGCCACGUUUCAGCCAAACCUUGAUGACACCAUUGCUGCUUUGAACUCGGCUAACAACAAAGCUACAAGCCGUAGCUUAGGUAUAGCAAGCUCCCGAUGUCAAGAAGAUGCUGACCAAAGUAAUCUCUCCCACAGUAUUUCCCUUGAAGAAGAUGAGAGUCAGAAUGAUGAUUUUAGUAAGGAACCAUCAGAAACAGCUACACCUCACCCAGCAGGAAUUGUAUUGAAACGUCCUGGCUAUUAUACCAUCCCUUCUCUUGAGGAAUUGGCUACCAUGACUGAUGAAAAAGGCAACUGUAUAGUGGAGAACUUUACAAUAGGAAGGGAGAGUUAUGGAAAUGUAUUCUUUCCUGGUACUACCAAUGUUAGUGGACUUAACCUUGAUGAACUUGUGCACUUCAGGAGAAAGGAGAUAACUGUGUACCCAGAUGAUGAAAAUAAACCACCUUUAGGAGAAGGUUUGAACAAGAAGGCACAGGUGACCUUAGAUUGUGUCUGGCCAAAUGACAAAAAUACCCACACACCUAUUAAGAAUCCAACACGUCUGAAAAACAUGUGUUACCAAGAAAAAAUUGAAAGAGCUACAGCACGUUUAGGAGCCAAGUUUAUUGACUACAGACCAGAAACAGGAUCAUGGGUCUUUGAAGUUCAGCAUUUCUCAAAGUAUGGCCUAGAAGAAUCUGAUGAAGAGGUUGAGAUAGUUCCACCAGCUCAAGAGAAAGAGUCAGAGAAACCAGUUCAACAGAACAAACAGAUACAGCAGCAGGUUCAAGUGAAUGGAGGUCUUAAGAAACAAGCUAUUUCAAUGCAGCACAUUGAUGAAGAUGAUGAAAUGUUGGACAUAACCCAACAGACCAUGCCUCUGGAAGACAUUGAAGAACUUAGCCAGAUGGAUGAAGUGUAUUCCCCUUCUGAGAAACUUGCUCAUGCUUUGGGUGUUGAUGUUCAUCGCAUGCAAGGAAUGAAAGUAUCAUUCUUUCAAGAUGAAGAAUCUGUAGAAGAGGUUGAAGACAAGGGUGAUCCAAUUAUGUCCACUCAUAGGUCAAAGUACAGUGAUAGAAACUCCUAUGUAUCAAAGAAAUACACAAAUGGCGAGCAUUCUUCGUAUGGUGUGUCCUUAAUCAAAACGAAUCUCUCACACAUAGAUAGUCCAAAACCUAUUUCUUUGUAUGAUCAAUAUCCAGUCUCAACUUCACUGGCUCCACUUCAGCCUGAGCCCUUACCCCUUGUAGACUUGUUAACCCAUCAUCCAACACUGCGUAGUGGUGUAACAGACGAUUCCAGUAUUCAAAUGAAGAAAUCUGUGAUGCGUACAAAGCGAACAUUAGCCUUGGUUAGUCUCAACAAGUCACUUUUAAAUGAAAGACACCAUCUUAUUGCUGACCUUGGAUGUUUUUUGGGUCGUUCCUUCCGAAUUGGAUGGGGACCUGAGUGGACCUUUUCCCACUUAGGUCAUUGUAUAGGGUCAAGUACAGAACAAGUGAAGAGCAAACCAACUGCUCUUGGUCUUCUGACAUCUGUAAAGCCAGCUAUGCCAGCUGAUUCAACCUUGGGCUUAACCAUAGAAAGACUUAAGAUGUCUCUAUCCUACACACCAAAUGAUAAUUUAGUGAAGCAAAAUCUUUUGGAAAGUUUAAACAUUCAGUUGGAGCAUUCAGCAUCAACAAUUGAGGACGGAUGUCCACUGUUUAUACCUAGUCUUGGAGUAGACUCUCUCCAUGCUCAUGCAACUUUGGCUGAAACCCAGACAGCAGAUGUUGACUUAAGCCAUUCUGAUUCUGAGACAUUUAAGCAAGCAGACCAUGUUUGGAAACUUGGAGUUGCUUUGUGGGGUAAUAUUCCUGGUUUUAACCAUGAAUCAGAUGAUCCCAAUACUUACAUGCAUAGGCUAGCCCGUAGACAGGCCUUAUCUCGAUGGUUAAUUGCUACAAACAGUGAAAUUGUACAAACUGAGAUCAAGGAGGACAAAAGUUGUGGAAAUGAUUAUUUAGCAACAAUCUUCAGCCAGUUGACAAACUUCCAGAUAAGUAAAGCAUGUGAAGUUGCCCAGAAUGCUAGUGACCACAGACUGGCUCUUCUCCUUGCUCAGGCAGGGAGCAGCGUAACAUUUCGAGAGAUGCUUAGAAAACAACUUGUAAAUUGGCAUCAGUUCAAGACCGAUGCAUUUAUUAACUCUCGAAGACUCAAGAUUUAUGCCUUACUAGCUGGUGCCCUUGUUUGGCAAUCAUCAGAGGUUCAAGUGAACUGUUGUGAGGAACUGAAUUGGAGGAGAGCAUUAGCUGUACAUCUGUGGUAUCAUUGUUCUCCUGAAGCUGGUGUAGCCCAGGCUGUAGCAGAUUAUGACAAAGCCUUUCAGGGGGAGAGUAAUAAUGAAAAAUAUGCUAAGCCACCGUUCCCUCCAUACAUCGAGAAUAACAUUUCACAACUCUGGGACAUCAUGAAACCUGAAGAAACAUAUCAGUUGUAUGAUACCUGUUACCAUUUGCUGAAGUUGUAUUGUGAUAGAUCUCAUCGGCUAGACCAGUUACUGUCUCCCACGACAUCGGUCUCUUCCCACUUGGAUUACAGACUUAGCUGGUUACUUUUUGCUGUUCUUCAGGCUUUAGGAUACACACACUUGCCAUCACAUGCCACUGCUGCCCUGCACUGUAAUUUUGCUGCACAACUGGAAUCUAUGGGGAUGUGGGAGUGGGCAGCUUUUGCACUUCUUCAUAUUUCCCAUUCUGCGAGGAGACAGGCUUGUGUGAAGGACUUGCUGAUGAAACAUGUUUCUCUGGAUCAAGAUUCUGAAAAUGAAGAUAGGGAGAUGUUCCUACACACAAAGCUGAAAAUUCCAAAGGAAUGGAUCUAUGAGGCAAAGGCAGUGAAGUCCCGUGCCCUGGGAAAUCCUCAGAAUGAAGCUUGGUAUCUAAUGAUGGCUGGUGAGUGGAGCAGGAGUCAUGACAUUGUUAUCAGUCAACUUGCUGCAGAUGCUAUUAUUAAUGAGGAAUAUGACUACCUUAAGAGUUUCCUGCAGAAAAUGGCUGUGCAUGAUCAUAAUGCAGAAAUAUUGGACUGGGCUGUUGGUGGUCAAGUGUUUUUAGAUUACAUUGAAGUCAGUCAAGCUGUGGAUAAGGUUCUGCAGGGGAAAGUAAGUACCUAUGACUUGGAGAAACUACAGCCUGAAGUUUUAUCCUUGUGUAAUCGUAUAUGUAGCCUUCGUUGUCCUACUGCUAAGGACAGGCUGUGUCAGGCUGAGAUGGCCAAGAAAACUGCUACCCUACUACGGGCAGUAUUGUUCUUACAAAAGGCGAAGUCAGAAAGUCGAGAAGAUAAAGCUGCUACCAGAGCACCUGUCCAUCUUUUGGCUCCUUACAUUGUUAAAUUACCGAUGCCUGAAGACUAUGCCCUACAAGAACUUCGAACUCUAGCUCGAAGUUACAUGCUGGACCUUACAGAAGGAUAAAUAAAGGCUGAAUUAGACCAGAGCCAAGUGAUAUAUUGUAAAUCCCAAAAAUGCUUGAAAAUGGUUUCUGUGAAAAGUAAAAUAUAUGUUUGAACAUAAACAGUCAACCAACUGUUUUAUGCUCUCAAUUUUUUCAUAAAUUUCUAUUAAUGAUAAAUACAUAAGUUUUCACAAAUGUUUUGUUUCAGCUAGUUUAAAUUUCACUCUUACCAAUUCUUAUGAGGCACAUAAGUUAGUUAAAUAUGUGUGAUGAUUUCUAAGAAUACAGCUGGUAGUUAUAUUUACUGUACUACAGAUAUUUUGAUAGAUUUACUGGAUCAUGUAGGAUUUUAUAUAUCUUACACGUUGGUUAAAUUGAAGAGAUAAUGUGUAAAAUUUUUUAUGUACAUAAUGGUCAUUUCAAGUUAUAACCCAUUUUAGUUAGAGUGAGUGAUCUUAGGUGUUUUCUUUAUGUUAAAUGUGGUUUUAAAAGCUUGUAUGUGUAAAUAUAACAAGUCUCAAAGAUUUGCACAUCUGUAAAAUAAAUGGAUUUUUAAAAAAGUGAAUGGUUCAUCUAAACAAUGUUAGUUGUAAUAACAAAUAGAAACAUGCUGGAAUAAGUGUGGUGGGUGUCAGACGUGAUUGUUUGUAUUAAAACAUAUGGUGUUGUGUAACAUUAUCAAAUCAGUGAAAAUUAAUGCUUGCUUCUGAAUGUUUUUUUUUUUAUUGUAUAAUUGAAAUUGUAAGCUUUACUUUGGAUUUUUUCUCACAAACUAAUAAAUCAUACUUUACCUUCCAUGAAAUGAAAAGUUAUUGGUUUAAGUAAAUAAAGAAUUUUGCUGGGAAAAUAAAUGGUAUAAAUGAUUUUGGUUCAUUAUUAGUUUGUAGUCUGAAUAAGAAAUAUUAAAAACAAGUGAGAAAUACAGUAUGCUAGAGUUUAAUAUAGAAGUUUGUUUAAACGAAAGUGGCUUCUUUGAUUUUAUCUCAAAUUUUAGCUUAAAAAAAAUAAAAAAAAAUAUUUACUGUUAUUAUUCCGAAUGAAAAAUGUGUAUUGAAAAAUGCAACUUUGGAAUUUUUUGUAAAUUUCAUAGUUCUGAUUAGUGUUAAAAACAUUUUCGACUUUUUUUUUUGUGGUUAUUUUUCUUAUCCUUACAGAUGCAUUAUACUUCAAACUGACUAGAUGAAACAUAUUGGUUGUUGAAUAACAGCUUUGACGUUGGUUAGAACCAGGUGUUUAUGUUUAUGAUAUGCUUUUCCAUAUUACAUUAUUUGGAGGCUAAUAUUUUAAAUAGAAUCUUCGUUUUCCUUUCAAAUAAAAUCUUCCAGAGCCUUAUAUUUUUGUUUUUCUGUUUGCUUGGAAUAGAAAUAUAAACAAUUUUUUCUUCCAUAAACGUCAUUUCUUACAGCCUCAACAUUUUUUAUCAUAAUGAAUUUUGGUUAUUAAAAACCAACAACUAAAAUUAAAGAUCAUGUUUAUGUUUCUAGCCUGAUAUAGUAAUAAACUGCUUUAGAAUUUUUGUUUUGAAGUAACUACAGACGCUGAUAUCACUAUAGUUAAGUUAGAAUAUUUUGUUUGGUAACAAACUUUGUAAGUGAUCAUGAAAUCGGCUGUUUUUGAAACUUCAUCAACCAGAAAGAGAAAUCGUAUCUAAAACAUUUGAGUACUUCGUAUUAUUUGUGGUAGUGUUAGUAUUCUAUAUCAUUUUUAGUGUGUAACAUCAAGUAUGAAAUGUAUGUCUAAGUAAAUAAACAUUCUGAACAUUA